CAGCCUCCAGUCACAUUUCCAAAUAGAGAAAGAGGGAAAAAAUAAGCUCUUAGCAGAGCUGUAUCUUUCAAAAGAAGUUAAGCAGUGAGAUACAAGUCAGCUUUGUAUUUUUGUAUUUUUUAAAGUUGCAGAAAGAUAACAGAGGAAUAGUCUUGGCUUUUAUUGCGGGACACUGAACAGAAGAUUCUCCAGAUACAAAAUGUAUAGGAAAUUCUUGCUUGUUCUGAUUCUGCCCUGGGAAAUGAAGCCUUUCAGGGAGGCUUUCAAGAGGAAGAGCUAAUAAAUUGCUCUGAAGUUGAUACAAGCUUCUCUGGGAAAAAGAGCAGGGCCUGGAAAGCCUGUGAUAGAGAGCUACUGUUUUCAGAUACCUAUAUUAAAUCUCAGACGUGCUUUCCUGCCAGCUGCUGCAGUGCAGAAGAUUAGCAGACAUGUCCAUAGCACUCAAGCAAGUCUUUAAUAAAGAUAAGACUUUCCGCCCAAAACGCAAGUUUGAGCCCGGAACCCAGAGGUUUGAACUUCACAAACGAGCGCAAGCAUCUCUCAACUCAGGUGUGGACUUGAAAGCAGCUGUGCAGUUGCCCAGUGGAGAAGAUCAGAAUGACUGGGUGGCUGUUCAUGUUGUUGACUUCUUCAAUAGGAUCAACCUCAUUUAUGGAACUAUCUGUGAGUUCUGCACGGAGAGGACCUGCCCGGUGAUGUCUGGAGGCCCCAAGUACGAGUACCGGUGGCAGGAUGACUUGAAGUACAAGAAGCCCACAGCAUUGCCAGCACCCCAAUAUAUGAAUCUUCUCAUGGACUGGAUCGAAGUGCAAAUCAACAAUGAGGAUAUAUUUCCUACAAGUGUAGGUGUUCCCUUUCCAAAGAACUUUCUCCAGAUCUGCAAGAAGAUACUCUGUCGGCUUUUUCGGGUGUUCGUUCAUGUCUACAUCCAUCACUUUGACCGUAUCAUCCUUAUGGGGGCUGAGGCCCAUGUCAACACCUGUUACAAGCAUUUUUAUUAUUUUGUGACAGAACUCAACCUCAUAGACCGCAAAGAGCUAGAGCCUUUGAAAGAGAUGACAACCAGGAUGUGUCACUAAAAACUACCCACUGAAGAAAAGCGAAGUCCAGUUUCCUUCCUAUUGCAGAGUUCAAGAACAUGACAGCUCUCAUGGACUGAGCCUGCUUGUUAAUUCCUGAAAGCAGGAAAGUUGAGAACCACAGUUAACUGUCACAAACGCUUCUCUCUAAUGUCAAUGUUGUUAACACUAAAUAUGCUGCUAGGAACUGCAUCUGAGCAACAUGGAUUACUGAGAAAAGGAAGAAUCAUAUCAGUUCUAGCACCUUUAUCAGGGAUAAGAACCUCUUCAACCAUAAACAAUAGCAGACAGUGCCCCUGCUGCUAAAGCUUUACUGAAAUUCAGGUCCCUGGGCUGACCUCCAGACUAGUUGUUUCAAAAUGAAACCUGAAACUUUGCUUUCUUUUUCUUUUAUUUCUUGGUAUGUGCUUUCUUUCCUAACUGCAACAGACUAUUAAGAGGUUCUGGAAUCAAAGAAGACUUAGCCUUUAAUGCCUCCUACCCCACUCCAGGCCACCCAAGGCUUGGCCACCAUUCCCAAAUGCCAGCAAGCCUUGUGUUUCUGGGAAGACAGCCACGUCCUUCAUCUGAACAGGCAGUUUGUGCUUCAUUGUGACUCAUAAUUUAAUGACAAUGGGAGGGUUUCUGAUCUCAACUACAUGAACGGGGAUCCAGAUAUAGCUCUGCAGUGCUGAAGUAUUUUCCUUGAAUUCAUGCUGUGACUGACAGCAAGUGUUCUCAGUAUCUCUGUAUUACAUAAAAAAACAGCUACAGUCAUUUUCCUGAAGUAUACCCUAUGAAGUACACCCAUCUGUCAUGUAAUUUCUUAUCCUUUUAUCCCCUUAGAAAAAAGAUCGUUCUCAAUCACCCUAAAAUUUCAUCCUUUCUGAGAAAAUAAAUCUAAUUUGAGUAACUUUCAGGAAGAUACAAUAAAGAUGACUAGUAAAAAAGAUUAGAUCAGGAGGGACUAAUUGAAGGUCUCUGUUGCAGUGCCCAGCAAUGUGACUUGCUUUUUACACUGGGCUAACACAGUAUUUUUUUUCCAGAACUUAAUCCAAGCUAAUUAACACAUGUAUAAACAGUCUGGACGGAUCCAUUGCAGCAAAUCAAGUCUUCUAUGCCAAAUAUGCCCUGAGGAGGCUUUCUUCUGAAAAAAAAAAAAAAAAAAUUCAAAAAUGAAAGUGAUAUUUAACAGAGGUAUCACAAGAGAAAUACUUCUGAAUAGAUGAGAAUCAAGUGGAAAACAUCUAUGUAUUCUGUGCCUUGUAACGAGUUUUGCACACUUGUGUUAUUGUUAAAAGUUACUUUUUCCUGAGUAAGUGCUGAACCCUGUUGCUGCCUUUUCCUUGAAGUUUAGGUAUGUUUUUACAUCUUCUGAGACAGAAACAGAAGAAAAUCUCAUGGAACAUCCAGUGAUUGGAACAUUUGAAAUAGAGAGGUAGCAGACACUAAAGAAUAGCAGCAAGUAUUUUCUAGCUCAGUGUUGUAGCACAUUUUGAUUUACUUGCCUGCUUACUUAAAUCAGGGCUUGUAAAAUGUCAGUGAUUGCAUUCUUGCUGGGGAAAAGUGCUUUUGUCUGUGAACAUUUGGUGUACCUAUGAUGGGGGCUUUUCUGCAUCUCUAGAACUACGCAAGCCACAGUAUCCUUUGCUUUUAAGGGGAUGGACCUAAGUGUUCCUACCUCCUUUGGUAGUCUUUGCAAUCAGGUUAAUUCUUUGGGGAUUGGAAUGCGCACGGAGAUGAUUUCUGCUCUGCUGGCACUUCUACAGGAUAUAACUGGCUUCUGGAAUUCAUUGCCACAGCUAAUUCUGAGCUUGCCUCAUUUUAAAGAAGAUGAAAAAUAUAACUUCUUUUGGGUCGUUCACGUAGCAGGCAACUACCUGGAAUUACAAUUUCAAUUCCUUAUAAAGGGUUUCUUGAAUUCCUCCGAAGUGCCUGGGCUGUGGCACUCUUUGAGAUGGAGCUGUAGCUGAUGCAGUGCACUUGAAUUCCACUCCCACCGUGGACAGUUGCCACGUGGUGUUCUCAGUCUGGACAGCACUGUAUUUGAAAGAUUAACAUAAAGAUGCAAAGGUGUGGAAUUUAGUGCAUAAAGAUGAAAAUCACCACACAAAUUGAAAAACAUGGAGUUUUAUGCAUAAUUUAGUCUUCAUUUUAUUACACCACUUACCAUAUGCUGCUUUGAGACUAUUCACUGCGGCUCAGUCUGAAGAUUAGGCAGAAUUUUUUCUCAGUUACCUCUUUGUAAAUGUAUAAAUUUUGUGAAUGUAGAAGUUAUCAGUUUGAGUGUUUUCUUUUAAAUUGCUGGGUUUUUUCCCACAAACCCAUGUGUUUCAUUUUCUAGUAUGUCACACUGAAAAAGGCAAAAGAGUGAAGUGCAGAGUUGAACCCUAGAGGAUUUGUGCUUGACCUGGCCAAAAUCCCUGUAAGGGUAAAAGCCUGUUGUUACACAGGAGAUGAACCAGCUCAAAGGAGAGAAAUGUGUACUUGUUUUGGUUGCUGAUUCUGCUAGGAAGAACAUGGAGUUUUCUUUCCUCCACAUGAUAAGGUGUGGCCUUCUGCUGAGUAUCUCCCAACAGGUACUCUUGCUUCUGCAGCACAGCUAUUCAGCCACCUGGCCAUUGCACACCACGGGCCAUUUCUCCUCUUCCACUCUGUGAUAGCUGAUAAGCAAAUAUGAAUGUUUGGAAUGUGGCAUCACUACAUAGAAAUAUCAUUUUACCCCUUUCCAUACAGAGAGAAAGGCAGAUUCCUCUUGAAUCUUGUGAUCAAGUAUUCCAGCUUCAUUAGUAAUUUUCUCAGAACCACAAACAGACAGAAUCGUGUUUUGCUUGUUAAUGUUUUUUGUACUUGAUAUUAUUAUGUAUGUUCCUAGUAAUGCCAGCAUUCCAUAUUGUUCUGAGAUUGGGAAAGGUGGGGGGAGGAGAGGGAGAAAAGAAGCAUUGUUUUGAUUUUUUUGUUUUGUUGUGGGUUUUUAGUCACUUUUCUAGUUCUUCGGUCAGAUUUUGUUUUUCUUACCUAACUUUUUUUUCCCUGAUAUUUACCUCUAAAUAUGCUGCUGUGUUAAGCUUCAAGGCACUUUAUAAUGCCUUUAUAGAGGAAUCAUUUCAACUGACUGAAACUCAGCAUUACUCUGAAGUAAUGAAUGGUUGUGAAAGGUUCCUAUGACACCAAACUUGACUUCAGUGGUUGAAGACUUAAGAGCUUUCAUUUAUUGUCUCUGUAAUAAGAGAUUUUGUAAUGAACUUCUGUUUUGUGUGAACAUAGAUUAGUGACAACUGUAAUAUAACACAAAUCUGAACAUAAUCUCCCUAAAGUUUUAUAAAAAAA